UUGAUGAGCACGUUUGGAUGUUGAACUGUUUUGUGAUGUUCUUAAAGUUAUGACCAACGAAUUACUAAACAAACGUAUGUUUAUUAUUGAUACUUAGUAUUAAGUAUACUGUUGUAAUAAUUUUACAACGAGUUAAAUUCGCGCGUGAUAUCUUAUUGCAAUGAAAAUCAUGAAGAGACCAAACAUUCUUCUCACAGGAACCCCUGGAGUUGGAAAGACCACAUUAGGAAAAGAGCUUGCUCAGAGAACAGGAUUAACCUAUAUCAAUGUUGGAGAUUUGGCACAGGAGGCUCAGUUAUUUGAUGGUUUUGAUGAUGAAUACCAGUGCCCUAUAUUGGACGAGGACAGGGUUGUGGAUGAGCUGGAGGACAAACUAGGAGAUGGAGGCGUCAUAAUCGAUUACCAUGGCUGUGAUUUUUUUCCUGAACGUUGGUUUCACAUUGUUUUUGUACUCCGCACAGAUAACACCAAUCUCUACAAUCGUCUUGAAAGCAGAGGAUACACAGGGAAGAAGCUCCAGGACAAUGUACAGUGUGAGAUUUUCCAGACUAUUUACGAAGAAGCCAUGGAAGCCUACAAGGAGGAGAUAGUCCACCAGCUCCACAGUAAUACACCUGAAGACCUCGAGACGAAUCUGGAACAAAUUAUUCAGUGGAUUGAACAGUGGAUGAAAGACAACAAUUAACAUGGGACACUAUAUGUGACGAUGUCACACAAGUUAAUCUCCAGAGAAAUUUCAUAGCUAUAUCGGCAUCAGACAGUGGAUGGUUCUGUUUAGUGACUGAAAGUACGUGGAGUUGUUAAAAUAAAAUGUUAAACACUUUUCCAUAAUAAAUGGAAUAAAUAAAUAUUUUUAUAGAGUAAUGAAUGAGUUUCCUUAAUUCAAAUCUUUUGAAUAUAGUUUUAUUGAUCUUUAUAUGUGUUUUACAAAGAUCACAUUGCUUAGUUGAAAUGACAGCAGCAUUUUACAUCUGUUAGUAAUUGGUAGGUUCAAACCUUAUUCAUAAAAAAUGUCAAAUUACACAUUUCUCAAGAGAUUGCAAUGAAUUACAUUAAAGGGAGAGUUCAGCCAAAAAUAAAAAUUUACU